ACCAGAGUAACCGUCACAGGGCUGCGCGCUUCAGCUGUCGUUGAUGUUUUUCUUCUGAUGUUACUUUUUUUUUUUUUUUUAAUCUUCCUUAAAGGCGGUGCGUUGCGCUUUCUGGCUAAGUGGUACCAGGCAAAGCAUUUGUUCUCAAAAUGUCUACUGUCAAGGAGAAGCUUAUUGAGAAUCUAACUGGGGAAGAUAAGAUCCCCCAGACUAAGAUCACCAUUGUCGGAACUGGAGCUGUAGGCAUGGCUUCUGCUAUUUGCAUCUUAUUGAAGGAUUUGACUGAUGAACUUACCCUUGUUGAUGUUGCAGCAGACAAACUGAAGGGAGAAGCGAUGGAUCUUCAGCAUGGCAGUCUUUUCUUUAGUACUUCAAAGAUUACGUCAGGAAAAGAUUACAGUGUAUCUGCAAACUCCAAAUUAGUUAUUGUCACGGCAGGUGCACGGCAGCAGGAGGGAGAAAGUCGCCUUGCCCUGGUCCAACGUAAUGUGAACAUUAUGAAAUCAAUCAUUCCUACCAUAGUUCGUCAUAGUCCUGACUGUAAGAUACUUGUUGUUUCAAAUCCAGUGGAUAUUUUGACAUAUGUCGUCUGGAAGCUAAGCGGUUUACCUGCAACUCGUGUAAUUGGAAGUGGUUGUAAUCUAGACUCUGCCCGUUUCCGUUACCUGAUUGGAGAGAAGCUGGGGGUUCAUCCCACAAGUUGCCAUGGUUGGAUUAUUGGAGAACAUGGUGAUUCUAGUGUGCCCUUAUGGAGUGGGGUGAAUGUUGCUGGUGUUGCUCUGAAGACUCUAGACCCUAAGUUAGGAACUGAUUCAGACAAGGACCAGUGGAAAAAUAUCCAUAAACAAGUUGUUGGAAGUGCCUAUGAGAUUAUCAAGCUGAAAGGAUACACCUCUUGGGCUAUCGGACUGUCUGUGACAGAUCUAGCAGGAUCAAUUUUGAAAAAUCUUAGGAGAGUGCAUCCAGUUUCCAUGAUGGUUAAGGGCUUAUAUGGAAUAAAAGAAGAAAUCUUUCUCAGUAUCCCUUGUAUCUUGGGGCGAAAUGGUGUCUCAGAUAUUGUGAAAGUUAACUUGAAUUCUGAGGAGGAGGCCCUUUUAAAGAAGAGCGCAGACACACUUUGGAGUGUCCAAAAAGAUCUGGUAUUUUAAAGCCUCUUAAUGUUCCACUGUUUUAUAGAACAGAAGAUAUCAGACUGUAUAUUUUACAUUUUGAAAGUAUUUUCAUUUGAUUUGUAAUAAAUGAAAAAAAAAACAACAACAUUGGAGACCCAUGACAUAACGUCAGUCCCUCAAGGCUAGAAAAAGGAAAUGGUAAAGAUAUUUCUCCUCUUUAUCAAUCUCUUAAAAUUCUGUUCUAAUGAUACUCAGCCUAUACAAAUGCAAGUAAUAUUCCUGAAGUAUGUCAUAUAAGAGUUGACUUCAAGUUUAGAGAGUAUGUAUAAUAAUCCAUUAUAAUAUAAAACUUAUGAUUCUUUCCAUAAAACAACUAGCACUUUUUCUAGCAUUGAAAUUUCAUUCUUCCAUUAGGGAACAGGCAUAUUCACUUUACAAUGCAUCAUUAGCUUUGUGUGUCUAUGUGUGAUCUUCACCAGGUACUUAUUUGGGCCAUGUGUAACAGACGGAAACAGAAAUAAAACUUUUAUGGCAUUAA